AUGCCAGAAAUGGGCGAAAAAAGUAGUGGCAACAAAGUAAAAAAGUCAAAAAAUGACUUGUUUCGCACAUCACUAGGAUAUUAUCUGAAGCAGAAGAGUUUUGUGGGUAAUGAGAAAUUUCGUAAAUCUGACUUUCUGCUAUUACAAAAUAAGCGACAAUUUAUGGUACAAAAGAUGUUGGAUCUUGAUUUACAGUCUGGGAAUUCAUUCGCUUUCUCCAAUGUGCUGUGCAUCACGAAUAAUCACCACAUUGUUGACCAACAAUUUGGGCGUUUCUCACAAUUUGUUGAAUCUCAAAGUGAAUUCAUACGUUUAGAGUUACGACGCUUUUAUGCGCCCAUGCUAUGCCACCUGUAUGUGGAGCUGAUGAGAGCGCGCGAACAAAAAGCUGCAUUUGACUUACUUAAAAAAUAUGCACAAUUAGUAGCACCUGUAGAAACCUACGAAGCACCCUUGCCUACGAAAAUCAAUGGCUGUUCCGUUGCAAAUGACACACAUGCCGAUCAAACCAACAAUACCACUCCACAUACCAGCAUACGUUUUGUGAACGCAACAAAUGAUACACCUACAGAUCCUGAACUGAUGUAUUUCAUAAAACUCAUACAAACACUGUCUGCGUGUACAAAAUUGGAGGCGGCCGAAAGUGAUCAAGAGGUGGCACAUUUUCGUGCCUCCAAAUAUGAAAUACACACUACCGAGGCGGUAGUCGACACUCUGCGUGGCUACUUGGAGAAACGUGGUCAUGUACUCAUACUCAACCUCCUAUAUACAUGGAUACACGUGCACGUCAUCGAUAAUGAGGUACCGAAAUGGAGUGAAGAUAACAUACUUAUGGGCUUUGGGGCGACUGAAGACGAUGAAGAAAGCAAAUACAAUUUGGCUGAGGUCAAACCGAAAAUCAGUGCGACAAAUGAACGCUCGGCUACGAAGCGUGAGGCAGAAGAACUUCCCGAAGAACUUAUGGUAAAAACUGAAAAGUCCGAAGACGUUUUAGACGAAAUGAAAAAAAUUCGCCUUCAACAAGUGACAGAUAGCAUGCAAACUUUGCGAAUGUGUAGAGAGCAAAUGUUAAAAACUCAAGUGCAACAUCCCUACAUUAUUAAACUUGCCGAUCGGAAUAGAGGUCUUUCCGCCGCUCAUGUUGAUGCCAAUGAAUGUCACCUGGUUGCUGGCUUCAAUAAUUCGGUGGUACAACUCUGGCAACUAAAUCAACAAACAUGCAGUGGCAAAAAUCUAUACGCACGCUUUGGCGAUUCUGUGUGUCGCUGGGAGCUAAACAAUAUUUGCGCCGAAGAAACUGAGACUGAGGAUCAAAUUGAUUUGGAUGUUAGAGAACAUUCGCGCUUAAACGUGAACGAUAGGCGGAAAAGAAAAUACGAAGCUGGCAAAUACGAAAGCAAUUCAUUUAAUGAAUAUGGUGGCAUACAGUUGCGUGGUCAUGGGGCUGGCGUCACAGAUGUACGCUUCUCCACACAUUACCCGCUCAUUUUUAGUACUUCGAAAGAUGCCACAAUACGUAGUUGGCGUGCCGAAAGUUUUGGGUGCGCAAACAUCUAUCGUGGUCAUCGUCACCCAGUUUGGUGCAUCGAUGAGAGUCCGGUGGGCAUGUACGUUGCGACCGGUUCGAAGGAUCUCACAGCACGUUUGUGGUCGUUAGAGCGUGAAUUUCCACUAAUUACUUAUGCUGGUCAUACACAAGAUGUGGAGUGCAUAGCCUUUCAUCCGAAUGGAAAUUACCUUGCCACUGGCUCAGCGGAUCUCUCGGUGCGUUUGUGGUGUGUUACAAGUGGCAAACUCAUGCGCGUAUUCUCCGACUGCAAACAGCCUGUUACGAAUAUUGCAUUUAGUCCUGAUGGCAAAAUGUUAGCCGCUGGUGGUGAGGAGUCGAAAAUACGUAUUUUUGAUUUAGCCGCCGGCGCACAGCUGAACGAACUGAAAGACCACACUGCCACAGUAAACAGUAUUGCCUGGAGUAAGGGCGGUCGACAUUUAGCGUCCGCAUGUCGCGAUGGCACUUUGCGUGUGUGGGAUGUCAAAAAGCUUUCACCCAUGAAUGACAGCAAUAGCGGCAGUAGCAACACAAACACCUCAUCUUCCUCAUCAACUAAUUUGAACAAGGUUAUGGCGUUGAGCAGCAGCUGCCAGCGUUUAGUGAAAGUGUCGUUUAGCCGGCAAGAUGAAGUAAUUUGUGCUAUAGGCAGCUAAGACAUUAACCGUUAACUUUAUUAGUAUAUACAGCAAAAACUGCGUGUUAAGACUUCUAUGUAUUUAGAAAUUAGUAAUGCAAGAACAAAUUAUUAUUAGAAUCAAACAAGAGUGUUGUACUCGUACUUGUUAAAGAGCAUGAUUAGUUUAUUUUAAGAAACUAAGUUCUGACUAAAAUAACAAAAAAACCGAAUAAAUUAAACG